AAUCAACAUAUCCGUUGUAAUGUUAGAGGUUGAGCUUCCUGACUGAGUGUGAACAGAGCUAGCUAUCGUAGGGGAAGUAUACAUGUAUAACUCGCCACACUACAACACUAUCAUACCAAUUGUUGUGAGGCUGUCUCGGUCUGGAGUUUGUGUUUCGUUUCCUUAGGAAGAGGACGGCAGACGUUUUAGCUGUGUAGGAUAUGAUCCGUGAUGUACCUGUGUUGACUUGAAGCCUAGCUGGUCAUCCAUGCAUUUGACCUACUUUCCAAGUAUGGCGUUUACAACCCACACGGUGUGGGUUACCACGGGAGACAAGAAGAAUGCUGGGACAGAUGCCAAUGUAUCGGUGCGUUUCCACAGUGGAGACGGCAGUACGAGCACUGACGUCAUCAAAUUGGAUAAUUUUUUCAGGAACGACUUUGAAAGGGGACGACAAGACUCGUUCUCGGUAACUGCAACAGUACUCGACCAUAUUGACCACAUAGAGUUGUGGCGAGAUUCGGCCGGGGUUUACGACGAGUGGCAUUUAAACACAGUCGAAGUGUUGUGUAGAAAGUCUGGGCGUAAAUACAUCUUCCCCUUCUAUCGGUGGAUUAAAGCGGAUUAUCACUACCGCAUACGUCACCUUGAUACGUCACUUCCGUCUGACUCCGACCCAUUCAAAGAUCAACGCGAGAUGGAACUAGUCGAGAUGAAAAAAUUGUAUGAAAUAGAAGCGCAGUCUCCUGGAAUGCCCGGACAGGUGAAAUGUCUACCGCCCGACGAGAACUUCUCCGAUGAUUAUAAAUGGGAUAUACAGUCAAAGAAAAUUACCCUGAAGCUAACUUCAAAGAUACAGGAAUACUUCACCGGUGAAUGGAACAACCUUGAUGAUCUCAAAAAUGUGUAUACCAAGGAGAGUCUAUUUCUACCCAACAGUGCACUGCACUGGCAGGAGGAUGAAUAUUUCGGAAGCCAGAGACUGACGAAGGUCAAUCACUCCGUAAUACGUCUCUGUACGGUCAUCCCGCCCAAUUUGGCAGUGACUGAUGACAUGGCAAAGCCACUCAUAGAAGGCCUCACUUUGCAGCAAGCAAUGGAUGCGAAGCGUCUCUUCUUCAUUGACUACAAGAUUCUCGAGGACAUUCCAUGUUCGGGAGGCAGAAUGAUCUGUGCACCCAUUGCAUUGUUUUUUGUCAAUAAAGAUCAGAAGUUGAUGCCAGUCGCCAUACAGCUCAAACAGAAACCAGGACAGGAUAAUCCAGUGUUUCUGCCCACAGAUCCAGAGUACACCUGGCUUACAGCGAAACUCUGGUUUAACAAUGCGGACUGUUCCUUUCACCAAUCAUUUACUCAUCUGGGUGCAACACACUUGAUGAUGGAGGGUGUUGCUGUGGUGACGAACCGGAACCUGUCCAGGUCACAUCCGGUCUUCAAGCUGCUCGCCCCACAUUCGCUUUACCUACUGGCUAUUAACACACGAGCACUCGGGAAGCUGGUGAGUCCGGGAGGAUGGGUGGACAAGGCAAUGUCAAUCGGACGUCUCGGAAUGUUUGAGAUUGUAACGCGACAGUGUGGUAACUGGAGAAUGGAUGUUGACGGAACACUGCCGAACGACCUUGAAAGAAGAGGAGUAUUAGAUGAAACCGUCUUACCUGGAUACCAUUAUCGCGAGGAUGCCUUACCACUUUACAACAUCCUUAGCAAAUACGUCAACAAUUACCUAGUGCUGUAUUACGAUUCACCAAAAAAGAUACAGACCGACAAGGAAGUACAAGGCUGGGCCCAAGAGCUUGUGAAACCGGUGUCGGAGGGAGGCUGUGGAAUGCAGGGUAUACCGGGAAAUGGAACAUUUGAGACUCUCGAUCAGCUAGGCAAAUGUUUAACCAGCGUCAUUUUCACGUGCAGCGUCGCUCACGCAGCUACGAAUUUCGCCCAAUAUGACCAGUAUGGCUUUCCUCCAGCCUACCCUGCCGCAAUGAACGGCAGACCCCCCACGGACAAGUCGCCUUUGAAAGAGGAGUGCGUGCUGGCAGCCCUGCCGGACAAGCCUACCACACUGGACACCAUGAUCAUCACCAAAAUUCUUAGUGACAAGGGAACAAACAGUCUCGGCGACUUUGAAAUCAGCUACAUAGUUGAUCCCAAAGCUGUAGAGGUUGUUGAAGAAUUCCGAUAUGAAUUGAAAAAGUUGUCUCUUGCGAUCAAAGAAAAGAAUAAUCACCGAAAUCCAACAUACCCCUGGUUGGACCCCGAUGAGAUUCCGAACGCCAUAAGUAUCUAAAUGAUACUGUGAUCAUUGACAUAGAAAACCAUAGUUGUAUUUAGUAUAACGUGUUCGUAUUGGGUUGUACAUUUUGCAAUAAUAAACAAUCGUCAAUGUUAGAAGACAGCACUGUAAGGUAGAAUGUGAACGUGUCGUCCAAAGUGUUAUGUGUAUUCGAGGAUUACUAUCUUUAACCUUUUAACUACUUAAGACCAAAAUGGACUCAUCCAGGUCAAUGCAUCGUGGAGUCUACUAAAGUUACAUACGGGUGAAAGGGUUAAAGACACGUCAAGACGACAUGUAGUACGUUAUGAGUGGACAGUACAGUAGCUAACAUGUAUAUAUGUUUUAACUGGUUUAUUUAUCGUUCUCAUAUCGUUACAUACUUUUCCGUAUAUAUGUGUAUGAUUUACAAUUUUUAAAUAAUACAGAUCUUUAUCAUAAAAACAAUAUUCCUUCGUUUAUUUAUAACCGAAAUCAAUCUCAAUGUAAUUAACUUUCUCUGUUGUAGCGAAAUGUUUGGUUUCGACAGAAAACAUGGAUCAUUAGUAUUGUGCCAUAGAUACGUACAGUAUAUCAUUAUUGACUUCUGUCUAUUGCAAUCACAAACUCCUUAUUUUUCGAUAAACAAUAGUGUCGAACUAACGGGCGAUUUUAUGUUUAAUGUAAUUCUAACAUACACAUGUAUAUAUACAGUAUGUUUUCUAAAUAUUUCAUCCAAUGGUCUGACUAAACCGGUGAUGACAGAGCAGCUAUUCUGGAUAGUGUGGCUUAUAUAUUAGUCACUAUCCUUGAUUUUAACCUGUAUUUCUCUUCUCGCUUUUGCGGCUGGCUAUGAGACUACUGGAUUGAUCUCGGAUUUAUUUGGUCAGAGGGGUAAAAUUUGGUGGGUUUUUUUUCUCUCAAUACAUUCAAAGUAAAACAUGUUGCAUAUAUGUGUUUAAUUUACGUAAAACUGCUUUCAAAUAAAAUAAUAUAUUUGCGA